AUGGACUCCAGUAUCAAGGAGGAAGUUCCUGUGCAUGAGGAAUUCAUUUUAUGUUGUGGAGUUGAAACCCAGGUUCUAAAAUGUGGGCCCUGGACUAACCUCUUCAAUGAGCAGAGAGCCAACAGGCCUAAGCUGCUUAUUUUUAUUAUUACAGGUAAUCCAGGUUUUUGUUCCUUUUAUGUACCAUUUGCAAAGACUCUGUACUCCUUAACAAACAGACACUUUCCAGUUUGGGUUAUCAGUCAUGCUGGACAUGCUUUGGCGCCCAAAGACAAGAAGAUUCUUACAACCUCAGACGAUUCAAAUGCUCAAGAAAUCAAAGACAUCUAUGGACUACAAGGUCAAGUGGAACACAAGCUGGCUUUCUUGAGAACUCAUGUGCCAAAGGAAAUGAAACUUGUGAUCAUUGGCCAUUCAAUAGGCUGCUAUAUUUCCCUUGAGAUUUUGAAGCUUGCUCCUGAACUGCCAAUAAUUCGCUCCUUUCUGCUUUUUCCAACAAUCGAGCGACUAUCUGAGACACCAAACGGCAGGAUUGCCACUCCACUUCUGUGCUGGCUUCGAUAUGCUCUCUAUGUUUUUGGCUACCUUUUACUUAAACCAUGGCCUGAGAAAAUCAGGUCCCUGAUAACAAGAAUUGGCCUUCAAAUGAUGAACGUGCAGUACGAAUUUUCGGUCCUGAAUAUAUUGGAACCAUUCUGCAUUGCUAAUGCUGUCUACCUUGGAGGCCAAGAAAUGAUGAAAGUGGUGGAGAGAGACAACGAAACCAUAAGGGCACAUUUAUCUAAGCUUACAUUUUACUAUGGUACUAUGGAUGCUUGGUGUCCAACAAAAUACUACGAAGACAUCAAGAAAGAUUUUCCAGAAGGAGAUAUUCGACUCUGCGAGAAAAAAUUACCUCAUGCUUUUAUCAUCCAUUUUUACGGAGAAAUGGCUGGCAUGAUAGCUGACUGGCUAAAGGAUGAUCUGUCCAAAAUAGAAGCCCUGACACAUGGAAGCGUCACUGACAGCUAGUACAUAGCAGUGGUAGGUGUGCUGUCUCUUAGUAGUUAGUA